AUGACUGAGAGAGACAUGAUUGAUGAUGUGACGCCUCAGAGGAAGCGUAUCGCAGUAGCUUGUGGGCGGUGUCGAAAGAGGAAAAUCCGGUGUAGCGGCGAUUCUGGAAACGGGGGACCAUGCACAAACUGUAAGAACGCAGGCUACGAGCCCUGCCAGUUCCUAAGGGUAUGUCUUUCAGGGGGGAGGUGCUUUGUUGCUUCCCAAGAGACGCCCAUGAAGCAGGAGUCGUUUAACUAUAGUCUUGAAGCUUCUCGGCAAUAUCAGGCGCGAGGAAGUUCCGUCGUACCCCCUCUCCCGUCGACUACCUCUCACUACCCCGACGGCCUCCCGAUGCAUGCUAGCGACCCCUUCAUCUAUCGAGCUCCCACGACCUUUGCGUAUACCGCAAAGUCCUACUACCCAGUCUCUACCUGGAAUCAUGGAUACACUGAAGAUCAAGGCAUCAACUACAGCAUGUAUCCGCCAGCGUACCCUUCGAUGCAUGACUCGGACUAUGGCAUCAACUACCGCAUCGGCUCCGGCACGGUGGGCAAGUCUGAGAGCAUCUGCGUCGAUACGGAGCCCAACUACGCCUAUAGCAGCGGGGCACCGACCACGAGCCUGGUACACCGACCGGCUCCGGUGGCGGCCGACUCAACGAGCAUGACGUUCCAGAACAUGGCGGCGGGCGUCAACAUGGGCGACAGGGUGCUGCCCAUGCCCGUGGGACGGUCAUCAGUGCCUAGUUCAAUAGGGUCAUCGUCGUCGUCGUACCGGAACGAUUCGGGCUGUAGCUCAGGGUUCGGUAGCGGCAGCAGGGGCUCCUCGGCGCAGACGUCGACCACGGCGGGCACAUCGCCUGCGAGCCCAGAUUCCGAAACGCCUUCAAGUUACACGAGUUACGAGCCCUCGAGCAUGGCUUCGGCCGCGGGACUGUCCUCGUAUCCUCCAAUGACACUAGCCUCGCAGCUCACCCGCACGAGUAAUGAUCUCUACACACAUGCCAGCUCUUCCGAAGCUUCUCUCUAUACUCCAGCCGACUCGAUGCGCGUCGGAGGAGGAGGUCCAGCACCCGACCUCACGUACCGCUACACGGACACUACAACGGCAGCGACUACGGCGGCUGCUACGACGUCGGCGCGCCGUGAGCUGCCCAUGAUGAGUAGCGGCAGCGGUAGCGUUGGGUCGUCGUUCUCGAUGGCACACGGCGCCACGACGUACAUGGCGCAGCCCGCGUCGUACAUGCUCCCUCCUGGAGACGUCGGAGGCACGAGUACAGAAGCCGCGGCGGAUAGCUACCAUAAGACUGCGGGGACACUUCGAGGAUGA